AUGGCGUCCGCAGAUGUUGAGUACCGGUGCUUCGUUGGAGGUCUAGCCUGGGCCACCGAUGACAGAGCUCUCGAGACUGCCUUCUCUCAAUACGGCGACGUUGUUGAUUCCAAGAUCAUUAACGAUCGUGAGACUGGAAGAUCAAGGGGUUUCGGAUUCGUCACUUUCAAGGAUGAGAAAUCCAUGAAAGAUGCGAUUGAGGGGAUGAACGGUCAGGAGCUCGAUGGUCGUAGCAUCACCGUUAACGAGGCUCAGUCUCGUGGAAGCGGUGGCGGAGGCGGCCGUGGUGGAGGUGGCGGUGGAUACCGCAGCGGAGGUGGCGGAGGAUACGGAGGAGGUGGCGGAAGCUACGGAGGUGGUGGUGGCGGAAGCUACGGAGGUGGAAGACGCGAAGGCGGUGGUGGCGGUGGAUACUCAUCAAGAGGAGGUGGUGGUGGUGGCGGAAGCUACGGUGGUGGAAGACGCGAGGGUGGAGGUGGAUACGGUGGGGGUGAAGGUGGUGGUUACGGAGGAAGCGGUGGUGGUGGUUGGUAA